UCUGCAAAUACAGCAAGAUAAUCACAAUCACUAUUCUGAUUGGCCAUCCUGUCCUUUUUAUUGGCUUGAUUUUGCAGUCUUCAAAUUAAUCAAAUUGUGGAGGAAACAGAACAGAGAUGUCUUGGUGGCCAAAAUUAGUUGCGCGAAAAUGGCUUAACAUACAGAGUGGAGCCGAUGAGUUUCAUUCCGAUUAUGCAAUUACAGGGAAAACUGAGAGAAGGAAGAGCUGCUCAGACGACGAUUAUUACGUCUUCGUACGAGAUGAUUUCUCAGUUUUAUUUUUGAUUAAAGGGUGGUUGUCGGCCGCUACUAAUGGGCUUAAACAGUCGACGAUCGUGCCGGAGGCGCCGCCGCCCCCAACCGAUAAUCUCAAUCUCAAGAUGUUCGUGGGGACAUGGAAUGUCGGAGGGAAGUCGCCCCACGACGGUUUAAACUUGAGAGAUUGGCUAAAGUCGCCUGCCCCUGCGGACAUCUACGUGCUAGGGUUUCAAGAAAUUGUUCCUCUAAAUGCUGGCAACGUAUUAGGAGCGGAAGACAACGGACCAGCUGCCAAGUGGCUUUCUCUUAUUCGUCAAGCGUUGAACAGCAACAACAACAAGACUGACCAAGAACUUCCUCAAUAUUACAACGAUGCCACUUCCCAACAGGCUGACCAGCAAGCAAACCUGAAGCCCAGACUGAGCUUCUCCAAUCUCCUCUCUCUAGAAGAUGAACUCGGCCAAGAGGAUUUUGCAAGACUGUCAAGUUUGCAAUCGAAUUCGAGCUCUGUUGAAGAAGAUUCCCCUGACUCACCGUCCAUGGCUGGCAGUCCACGGCAGCGCCGCUACUGUCUUGCAGCUAGCAAACAGAUGGUGGGGAUAUUCUUGUGUGUGUGGGUUCGAGCUGAUCUUUCUAAACAUGUAAACAACUUGAAGGUCUCGUGCGUUGGUCGUGGAAUUAUGGGUUAUCUUGGAAAUAAGGGUUCAAUAUCCAUUAGUAUGACACUGCACCAGACAACUUUCUGCUUGGUUUGUACACACUUGACCUCUGGAGAGAAAGAAGGUGAUGAGAUCAGAAGAAAUUUAGACGUUACAGAAAUUUUAAAGAAAACAAGGUUUUCUCAUUCAUAUAAAGAUCUUCGACAACCACUUCCUCCUGAAAGCAUAUUGGAGCAUGACAUAAUUUUUUGGCUUGGGGAUUUAAAUUAUCGGCUUGCUUCUGGUCGUGGUGACACGCACGAAUUGCUAAAGAGAAAUGAUUGGCAAGCACUUUUAAAGAGAGAUCAGUUAAAAAUUGAACAGAGAGCCGGUCGAGUAUUUGAAGGGUGGGAAGAAGGGAGGAUAUAUUUUCCUCCAACUUACAAAUACCUGAUGAAUUCGGAUCAUUAUGUGGUUCAAACAUCAAAAUCUAAAGAAAAGCGACGAACACCUGCCUGGUGUGAUCGGAUAUUGUGGAAAGGGGAAGGACUUAAACAAAUUUGUUAUAUAAGAGGAGAGUCCAGAUUCUCAGACCACAGACCAGUGUAUUCCCUAUUUUCUGUCCAAGUCAACUUAGCAAACAAGCCUAAGUUUCGCACGAUUGGCCCCAGAUCCUGCCCGUCAAAAAUUUCAACAAAUACUGCCUUGACAUCUUCUUGUGUGGCCAAGGUUCAAGCUGAAGAACUCCUGAUAUUUUCCAAUGCACAAAGGUGCCUGAAGGAGACAUCAAGCUUUUGAGGCCUCACCGUCCACAUGAUUAAAACAUAUAAAAAGUAAAACUUGAAUGUUGAAGUUACAGCUGGAAUAGUCCGGUAACUACAGACUAACACAGGCAACGAUGAGCAUCACCUGACACCUCUAGUGUCCCCGGUAUUUUUUUACAGUUUGGGACAGCGUGUUGGGUGGGUGAUUAUGUUCAUAUUGGAUAUGUAUAUGCCUAUUAGCACGAGGCAUAUUUCUCUGUUGUUUUCAUUGUUUUUUGCAAUGUGAGGGAUCAGAUGGGGAACAUGAUUAGAACUACAUGUGGGUUUGGCGUGCAUAAUCGUUGCACGCUUGAUUUUGGACAAGUGGAGGAUGGGGAUGCUGUAAAUACGAUGAUUAGUUGGCUUGGUGAUCAAGUAGAGAAGAUGGUAAAUGUGAAGCAGAAGACAUUAAGGAAAUGAUGCUUUGGUUAAGAGAAUGUUGCUCAGCAUUUUGCAGGGUAGUGUCUUCCUUGUUUCAUUUGUUUAUUCUGUUA